GAUCCAUAGUGCUCGCCAGUUGUAGACGCAACGGACGACGCGUAGUAUUAAGAAAGUGAAUUCGGUCAUUAAAACACUUUUUGUACAUACAUACCAAAACAUUUCUUUUCUUAUCAUCUACUUUCAAAAGUGAUACGAUUGGAUACUCUUCAAAGUGAAGCUUAUUUACAAACGGAUUUAUUGAGAGAUCCAAAGAGCAGUGAGAGUAAUAGCUCGGUCAGCAGUAGUGUGAAUCAGCAAGCGGAAAAGCAACGGGGUGAAGUGAGAGAGGUAAUCGAGAAGGAGAUCGACGGUCAUUGAGUUCAGGGUGCACAUGCUGAGAAGACGAGAAAUAGUGAACGUUAAAAUUUACUAUACGUCGUCGUCGUCGUUACUAUCAUCGUUGUUGUCGUCAUCGUUAUCGAAAUGAUGCCUUGGAUUAAUAAAUCGGUCAGUUUUGGAAUUGCUGGAGGGCUUCUAAUUAUUUUGGGAGCCUUUUUGUCUUUUUUUUCGUCGACCAUCUUUGAUCAAAUUCUUAAAAAGGAAUUGGUAUUCUCCGAAGAUUCAAAGAGCUUCAAUAUAUGGAAGGAUACGAGUAGUCUGCCGCAUAUGUAUUUAAACAUUUAUUUCUUUAAUUGGACAAAUCCAGAAGAAAUAACUAUACCCGAAAAGAAACCGAAUCUAGUUCAAGUCGGUCCGUACAGCUUUAUAGAGGUAAGACAGAAAGUAAAUAUUACGUUUCAUCCUGAGAAUGACACUGUCAGUUAUUUUCAACGACGUUGGUGGUACUUUGAUCAAGAACGCUCCAAUGGAACAUUGCAAGAUAAUAUCACACAACUCAAUGUUGUCGCAGUGUCGGCUACGCACAAAAUACGAUACUGGUCUUAUUUCAUGCAAAAUACCUUCUCCUACAUUCUUAGCUCAAAAUCAAAUUUAAGUGUAACAAAGACGGUGGGCGAGCUAUUAUUCACUGGUUACGAGGACACAAUAAUUAAUAUGGGAAAAGUCGCCGUUGCUGAUGAGGUGCCACCCUUUGAUCGCUUCGGUUGGUUUUAUAUGAGAAACGGUUCAUCAGAAUUUGAUGGUCACUUCAACAUGGAUACUGGUAAUAGCAAUAUCGGUAAUUUAGGUGUUUUGAGAAAUUGGAAUUACAAGGAUACCAUAAAGUAUUUUAAAACUCCUUGCAAUAUAAUCGAAGGAAGCGCCGGUGAAUUUUGGCCUCCGUAUCAAAAUGAGGACGAGAUCAAUUUGUUUAGUUCGGAUAUAUGCAGACCAUUGUUAUACGAAUUUGAAAAAAAGACCACAUACAUGGAAAUCGAGGGCAAUCAAUAUGUUCUGGGUGAGAAAACUUUAGGAAACAAAACAAGGAGGCGUUAUCCUCACAACCAGGCAAAAUAUUUUGAGCGAACAACCACGACUGAGAAUUUCUUUGAGUCAGAACACUCGAUGGAAGUUACGCAGAUGCCCGAGGACAACGAGGAUCCCGACGUAGUAAAUCUUAGCAACUGUUAUUGCAACGGCGAGUGUAAUCCCAGCGGUUUAAUAAAUAUAACGGCCUGUCGUUACGGGGCACCGGUCUUCGUCAGUCUUCCUCAUUUUUAUAAAGCUGACCCAAUUCUAAGUAAACAGGUUAUAGGGAUGAACCCUAAGGAAAAAGAUCACAAUUUCUACAUUACUUUAGAACCCACGACGGGAAUUCCUUUAGAAGUAGCGGCUAGAUUGCAAAUUAAUGUACUCCUUCAACCGUCGCAAAUCGUGUCGCUUUUCAGUAACGUCCCCAAGACAUACUUUCCUAUAUUCUGGUUCUCUAUGAAGGUGAACAUUCCUAAAGAAUUGGCUUCCGAUCUGAAAUAUUUCCUUUUAAUCUCAAGCUUGUUUUUCUACAUUGGUGUGAUCAUAAUGAUACUGGGAAUGUUAAUACUUAUCUCUAUUUUCAUAUUUCACAUCAUGAAAAGAAUUAACAAAAAUCACGAACAACUGAAGUUGAAUAUCACAAAUAUUUCUUCGGAAAAAACUGCAGAAUCGAUUUACAUAGAUAAACCGAAUCACGAUGAAGACAGUCACGUUAGAAGUGAUCGUCGAUUGUAUCCAAAACUCUAUUGAAGGGCUUUCAUAUUUUUCUCCGCUAACAAGUUGUACUUGUGCCAAUCGUGGGCGAAUUUUACGGUCAAUUAUCGAAGAUCCGUCUAAUAUGUUUCGAAGGUAACUUUUUGAUCGAGGUCGAUUUAAUUGACCGAAAGGAAAGUUUAUCCUUAUCGAAGAAUUACCGUCCUCAUUUGAAUCGGAAAAGUAUAUAA